UCACUUCCGGGUCACAUCAGCAGACCUGGGGGACACGUGAGGCAAGAUGGCGGCGCCCAGGAGCAGCUGGCAGGAGGCGGAAUCUGACAGUAGUAGUGGGGCUGAGGAUCUGGAGCGGUUCCGAGAGGCGGCCUGGGAGCCUCCUGGUUCAGUGAAGAAAAUAGUUCCAUUUCCAGAGAAAUCUGCUUCUCCUGUUGUCCCAAGUUUACGGGUUCGACCUAACAGCCAUGAGCAUGACGGGAAUGAACUCCAAACUACCCCUGAAUUCCGCACUCAUGUUGCCAAGAAGCUCGCUGCCAUGCUGGACAGCUGCAUCAAAGAAAUUCCAGGAAGCAACAGCUUCAAUCAGGAAUCUGCAGCCGCAUCAGACUCCGAAGACGAAGGUUUUCGGCUAUUAACUACAUCUGUUCCUGGGGAUUGUGGGAAAAUAUUACCGUCUCCAACCUUAAAACGCAGAGUGGCAUCUUCUACCAGUGAGAACAGUGAAGAAGAGGAACAGAGGUGUCGCGAGGCAGCUGUGUCAGGAUUAGAUAUUCUUAAACACAGUGCAUUACAGACAACCCUAGUGGAGAGGAUCGAAACCGAUGCUACUAACCAACCUAAAAAGAAGAAGAAGAAAAAGAAGGCAAAGAAGGAUAGAGGGUUGAGUGGUGAGACUGAAACAGAUGACCAGAACAUGGAACCCAAAGGUAAUAUAAAUGGGUUUAAGAAGAAAAAGAAAGAAAGAGAAAUGAGUGACAAGACAGACUCGCAUGAGAAGACUAUUCUUCCAGGGUCUGAAAAGAUCAACCCAGAAUCGGAUUGUUAUAAUAAGUCCAAAACUGUAAAAGAUCAGUCUAAGAAGAAAAAGAAGGAAAUGGGAUUGAAUCGGGAGACUACACCAGAUUACAACAUAAAUACAAUGUGUGGAAAAAGUGGAACCAAAAAGAAGAAAAAGAAGGUAGCUGCGGAAAAUUGUGAUGAACAUGACUGAUCGUGGAUUAUCAAUGACUUAUCCAGGCAAAUACUGUGUUCUUGAUGUACAGAAAUCGAAUGUUGGAUUGAGACAAGUUCAUCAGAAGUGUUCAGUGGUUUUAGCUGUUAGUGAAGUUUCCAGUUCAUGCAUGUAUGCUAGAAAAGCUACAUGCUAGCCAUUCUGCACAACUUGGUUCUAGUCGCAUCUCCAGAGAAGGAGGAUGGAGGAUAAUCUUCAUAGACCCAAUACUUGCAACCUUCGUUAGGUCUGACACUGACAAGUCCUCUCUUGUACCUCCAUUAUUUAGCAUGAGUCCAAGGAAUGUACUUUACUGGCAGGUCAAGCUGUGGUCGCAGGUCCUUCACUGUGAGGAAGAUGCCAUCUGUGAGGACAUAUAAUUGUCCAGGCUGUUGUGUGAAGGGGAUAGGAGGUGGCUGUGGCUCUCUGGGGUACUGGAAUUCUGGUAGUGUACCAAGCUUGCUGAAGACA